AUGACACCGCAAGUCUCAGAUCUGAGACCUACGGCAUCGACGCAACGUGCUGCUCCUCUCGAGUAUCAAGGAGAUCAAGGCACUGCCGAUAGAUUGGGCACCCUUGAAGCACAAGUCGCCGAAAUGCGAAAACUCUUGGAGCGUCGGCCUAUUUCACCAGCACAGCCUGUUCCGUCGACAUUGCCUCCAUCUGCCUCGCCGCCUACGAAUCUCGACACCCGGAUCUUAGAUCUGUCACCGAGCGACAGACUUCCACCGUGGGAUGCCGUCGGUUAUUCCGUACAGCUAUACCUCAGAUAUUGCAACUGCCAGCCACUUCCACUCUUCUCCACUGAAGUCCUGACGAACACUUUCAGCUCGCGAGAUCCGGAGCUAAUUCUAGCAAUGAUGGCUCUAGCAUCACGCUUUGACCCAAACACCCCCAAUGCCAGUCCGGCGGAAUUAUCACGCAUGUACGAGAGUCGCGCGGCGCAGGCAAGAGAUAUGAUAAUGCGUCGUGUUACCCAUGGGCCGAUCGAAUUGUCCACGAUCCAGGCCUUAUGUCUCCUGAGCUUAGCAGAGUUCAAUCAUGGGAAUACUCCACGGGCAAGCAUCUGCAUCACACUAGCACUGGAUCUGGCUUCUUCUUCAGGAUUGUCUUCGGAGCAUAGGAGACCUCACUACGACCGUGUCGAUGACGAGCGACGGCGAUGCUACUGGAGCCUAGUACUUCUAAGAAACUUGUACGGAGUUUCUACCAACAUUUUUUCAUUUGUUCAAGAUGAAAGGACACCGAAGUUUCCCCAAAGAACCGAGCCUCCGGCUGGCACAAGCUCCCAGAUGACCGACGCAGCUCUGGAGCAACCAGACGUGCCGAAUUCCUUCAAUGUACCCUCUGACCUCGGCAUCUUUGCGUAUGUUGUGCAGAUCAGUCAAGUCUGGCAGAGAGCUGCCAGGUUUGCAAACAGACGUGGAAAUGCUGGUACUCUUCCUGCCUGGUCACCGCAGUCGGAGUAUUCACAAAUAACUGCGGAGCUCAUGGAACUGGAGACGCGAUUGCCAUACAAAUAUCGAUUUCGGCCAUCACGAUUUCUGAACCAGGAUCGCCAUCAGCUGGAGAAGCAUCGUGACUUCUGGGCCUCUUGGGUUUUGCUCCAGGUUCUUUACCACACCAUCCUCUGCCUGAUCAACCAUCCGCUUCUAUUGUUCCUCCGUUUGAGAAACUUCAGAGUCACGAUGGUGCCAGAAGUCUUCCUCCAACACACGGCCGAUCUCACAGAAACUCACACAGAGUGGAUCAUACAUGUGCUGGACUUGUGCCAGAAGAAUGACUUCCAACAGUUCGACCCGUUCCUAGCACACUGCGCUGCUAUUGCUGCUACGGUCUAUCUGCAGCAAAGCUUCUCCGAUGACGUCGAAGUCAAGGCGACGAAGCAGGGCUACUUCGGAAAGUGUCUCACAUUCAUUCGAAACCUGGGCUCCUUUUGGCCUCAUAUCAAUCAACUAGCGGACAAGGUCGAAGCCUUUGAAAAAGUGGUGUCAAACUCUUUCCAUGAUUCCGCGUCGCAUAGGCCUCCUGAUUCUCGCAUUUUCAUCGAUCUAGGCUUGUUCUGGGAGAUCAUUGAGUCCUCAUUUGUGAGUGAACUCCCCACCAACGCCGAUGGCUACUUCGGUGCUUCUCUCACAUCUCAUCGCCAAUUGUCUUCCUCUGGAGAAGUCCUUCGCAGUCGUCUUCUACCUAAGCCCACCCGCCUCAACCACGGUACAACAUCACGGGUCGAAGGUUCCGAGUCCGCAGCUGCCCUACUUCCUCUCGAUUCCACUCGAGAGUCUGAAAAUCAAAAUGUGGACUUUAUCAAUGAGGGGGUGUCGAUUUUGGCACAAAGCUAUUUUGCACAAGGGCAAGAUUUAGCUGGAAGUCUGGAUGAUUGGUGGCUUUCGGGGCAACCGACCUAA